AUGGCCUUCACAAAGAAGACCACCGAGUCGCUCGAGGCGUUGCUCCGGGACUGCGAGCAGUUCCUGCUUGACGCAGCUGAGGGAGACGGCCACGAGGGUCAUCACACGGGCCUGGCGGGAGAGGACGUACUGGCGCAUCCUGGACCAGCUGUCGAGGCUGGACUGGGACAACCUCCGCGCGCGGUACCUGCAGUUCUUCCUCUGCAGUCUCGACGCGGCUACAUCGUCGUGGAGCCCACUGGUGCCGUUCGUGUGCACCAUCAUCAGCGAGGUCGCCAAGGAAAGGCGCAACUACGCAGCGUGGAGGGACGCCGUCGAGGGCGGCCGCCUCGCGGUGACGUCGGCGCCUCCAUCCCGUCGCUGGCACCGCAUGCUGCUCAAGGUAUCCAAGCACGCGCACAAUGUGCCCAUGUACCGCGGGCGCUCGUUGGCCUGGCCAUUUGCGCGCAUCAUGCGCGUCCUCGAGGAGACGCACGCGCGCAUCCACGAGCAGCACCAGAUGGGCACGUUCCUCACCGCCGCGCUGAUGCACCACGUCCACCCGCUCGAGACGGGCAUUGUCCUCGCGCGGGACACCGUCCUCGACUACCGCGCGCCGCCCGGGCACAACUGGCUGGAGCUCGAGGCAAUACGCGCGGCCGUGUCCAGGCACGCCUCGCAGCUGCUCUACAGGGCUGUCGUUUCCUGUGCCGGGGUGCCGCUCGCGCUGCACUUCCGCUUGCUCGUCGAGUCCGUCGUCACGGCCCGCGAAUGGCAGGCCGUUCCGCUCAUCAGGGCGCGCUACAGGCGGCUGGUACAGGCGCAGCGUGUGCGGGUGGAGGACCGCGUCGCCGCGACCGUGUACCAGUACACGGCCGGACACGAAGACGUGGUGUCCCGGGCACAUGUCGAGGCGGCGUGGGAGGACGGCCUGGGGCAGUACCUGGGCUGCCACGGGGGGCCUCCGUGGCCGCACGACGAGCUGGCCGAGCUCAUCCACGCGGACCCGGCUCACCACGGCUUGACCCCUCUGGGCAUGUACUGCAACCACGGCGACGGGAACGUCGCGGCGCGGUGGGAGUCGGAGACGCAGGCGUCCAGCUACGCGUCGACGUGCUGGGGCGGCUACGAGGGGCUGCCCGUGAUGGGCCUCGACUACGGGCACGAGGUCGUGCCCAAGCGGGAGGACUCGGCGGCGGAAGACGACGACGACGACGAGCGCCCGCUUUCCCCGCUGUCGCGCCUCCGGCCCCAGCCCGUGGACGUGGCGGCCAUGCACACGUGGCUGGCUGCCGUGGAGCCGGGCCGCGCGGAGGCAUGCAUCCCGGCGCGGCGGCCGUGGGACGGGUGGGACGAGAGCGACGGGGACGACCGCUGGCCCGGGUGGGAGCGGGUGUAUGGCGCCGACGGGGAGGAGGGGCUGGAUGA